AUGGUGGAGCUUGAAAGUGUAUCGCUUUUCCGUUUCCCUGAAGAGUUAACUGAAUUGAUUCACUUGAAACACUUGAGCUUGAGGAGGACUUAUAUAUCAAAUAUUCCCGAGUCUAUAAGAAAGUUGAGGUGUCUAGAGAUACUUGAUCUCCAAUAUUGUUUUAUAAAAUAUCAGUCGCAGCAGGGGAUCCUAGAUUUGAAGAAUCUUCGUCAACCGUGUUAUGGCAGUAAGGUAUUGUAUGAAGGGGAUUUUGUAGUUAAAGUUCCCUCCUCCUCCGGGAUAGGAAAAUUGAGCAAGUUAGAGAAAUUACUUGGGUUUGAAGUGGGUGAGAAGAAUGUAAAAGAAAUUGGAAAGUUGACAAAUUUAAAGAGUCUAGGUGGUCUGAAUCUAACUCAACAAUACUGGACGCAUCUAUAUAUCCUCCACGUUAGAGAAGUUGAAGCGUCUCACUGCUUUAUACCUUUCAUUUCAUCAGACAGACAUUGA